CACAUCAUCCCGCCGUGCCAGUGCAUCGCUGCACACGCACCAUGCCGUCCGCGGACGAUGCCUCCUCCUCGGCGCUGUCCGACGCCGGCACGCCGCGCGCGCUGCCGGCGCCGCCGCCGCUCUCGCACGCCGAUCCGCACCUGCAGGCCGCCGUCUUCUCGCCGUCGGCCUUCCUGCUCUCGCGCACGCCUGGCAUGUCGCUCUCCGAGAUCAGUGCGUCGCUGGCCGCGUACGCCGGUGCGCUGCGCGCCGAGCUCGCCAGCGUCGUCGACCGCGACUUCCGCGCCUUUGUCGCCCUCGCCGGCGCCCUCAGCGCCGAGAAGGCGCGCAUCGCCCGCCUCGGCUGGCGCGACGAGGAGCAGGAGGGCGGCCUGCGCGUCGGCGAGGUGCGCGAGCUCGUCGCGCGCGCCAAGGACGACCUCGAGGACGUGCGGCACGAGGUGCAGGCGGUGAUGCGCGAGCGCGAGCAGGUCGCCGAGCAGCAGGCCCAGCUCUCGCUCCUGCUCUCGCUGCACGACUCGCUGGCGCGUCUCGAGGACCUGCUCCAUCUGCCCUCGAGCUCGGCGCACGAGGCCAGCACUGCCACCGCGUCGUCCUCGGCCGUGCAGCUUGACAGUUUCGCCGCGCCCGUGUCGUGGGAUGCUCUCCUCAGCGACGAGCGAGCGGACACUAGCGAUGAGGCUGCCUCGCUCUCGGGCUCAGAUUCGGACGAGGAAAUAAAGGUCGCCGGGACCGGCCGACUGCGGCCCGCAUCACCGGUGCGGACCGCCUCGCACGCAAAGCGCCGCGCCUCGCGAGCGUCCCUCUCGCUCGGCAGCGAAGAGGCACCGCUUGCAGAAGCGGCAUCAGGCGACUUGCCGCUGCGCAUCGCGCGGGCAUCCGCCGAGGCGGGCACGCUGCGCUUCCUACAGUCCCGAGCACUGGCCCAAAGGCUCAACGUCUUCGUUGCUUCGCAUGCCGCACGUACACGCCGUGCGCGCCUCGCGCUCAGGAACGACGUCCGCCGUCUGGUCCGCGCGCUGCUUGCACGCGAAGGGGGUGGCUUGAUGCGUCGGCAAGCGGGCGACGAGACAGGCGCCGGGCAUGAGCGCUGGACGCACGUGCCAGCGCCGGGCGACGAAAGCGGCAAAGCUGCUUACUGGCAGGCCAGACGCGAGGAGGAAGAGCAAUGGCUAGCCCUUGCUGUCGCGACGUCUGUGCAGCUGGAGCAGGAAGACGAGGGCGCAGACGAGGCGGAGGACGUGCAGACAACGCUGGCCGAUGUGCUCGUGCGCCCGUGGGCUAGAGAAACAAUCCACGCCCAAGCACUCUCGCACUCUGCGCCGCUGGACCCAGCGGUGAGCGCUCUACUGCCGGCGCCAGACAGCAGCGACUCCUCCGCAUCGCCCAAUCCUCUGCGCGCAUUGUACUGCCGCAUCCUCGCCUUCGCUGCGCGCGAUGCUCAGCGCGCGUGUGUCAUUGUCGAGCGUGCCGGCGAAAGCAAGGAGCGCGAGACUGGCGACGCGGAUGCAGAUGUUCGGCGCACGGAUCUCUUCGUCAAUGUGCUUUGGGCGGAGGUCGGCCGAGGCCUGAUGGAGGAGCUCGGCGGUCAGCUCUUCGUCGUGGGACGGCCCGAGGCGUUCCACCGGAACUUCUCCCUCACGACCUCCUUUCUAUCCGCCUUUCUCGCCCUCGCUCCUUCGCCGCGCGCUGCUCUCGCGCUGCAACAACAUCCGGCGUGGUCUGCGCUGCUGAAGCGCUUCCAGCUGCCGGUGUACUUCCAGCUGCGCUACCGCGAGAUCGUGGCACGCCUCGAGCCGCUGCUUUCCCUCUCCGCCGGCGUUGCAGCAGGCGGCUCUAUCAGCGGCACACUCCCGCUGGUCGUGGCGGCCGACGCCACGCGUGACGCGUUCUCGGCCCCUUGGCGCAAGGGUGUUGCGCUUCCAGAGCUGGUCCAUCGACAGUGGAAGCUGAGCCUGCAGGUCGUGAGCCGGUACAAAAGCUGGCUUGACGCGGAAGUGCCACAAGAUCCGGCAGCCCGACACGACAGACGCGGUGCCAAGGGCUUUCUGCAGCAGCAGCAACAACAACAAGCACAGGCUGUAGCAGGAGAGAGCCGCGCUGUGAGUACGCCUCGUGUGUUCGUACGGUGGCGAGGCCGUUGACGCGCGACACUCUCUGCAGGGCAGCCCGCGCGUGCCUUCGCGCACUGGCACACCCGUUUCCACUGCCGACUCAGAGGCGGCAGCGGCAGCCGACGAGGUGGCCGUCCGUGCCCUCACUGUUCUGUCGGCCGACGCGCUUUGGUUGCAGCGUGAGCUGCGCGCCGAGUUUGAGGCGCGCAUCGUACCCGCG